UCAGAAGCGGCCUUUGGAAGCGAGAACCGGGGAGGUCGCCGCGGUGGCUGCACGAACUGCCUUGAGGUGCCUGCGGGGCGAUCUCGGCUGUUUCGGCGGCAGCAGCCCCCGCCCGCCACGAGUGCCACCGCGGGGCAAAAGUGAUGAAGGGAGUCCUGGAGGUUGGGCUUGUCGAGGUGUCCACCACUGGGGCCUUGAAGAAAGGAAACAAUGUCUGAAAUUGAGCUGCAGAGUGAGAUGAAGCCGGAAGGGGAUGGCAAUGAGCCAAGGACACCCCAGGAGCUUCUGCAGAGACUCCGGGAGCUAGAGGCAGAGAAUUUGGCUUUGGUGCAAGCCAAUGAGAACCAGCGGGAAACCUAUGAACGCUGCCUGGAUGAGGUAGCCAAUCACGUGGUGCAGGCGCUGUUAAACCAAAAAGAUCUCCGUGAAGAAUGCAUAAAACUGAAAAAACGGGUCUUUGACUUGGAACGGCAAAACCAGGCUCUCAGUGAUCUUUUCCAUCGAAAGCUGACUUCUGGAUCUCUCUCCCAGCCUCCAGCCCAUCCAGCUUUCUUGCUCUCCAGUCCAUCCCCAAUCUCCCAACCAGGCACAGUAGAGAAGCUCCCAGUGUCGCUUCCCCUGGGACGGUGCCUCUUGCAGAGAGAGAUCAUCUCUGAGGAACAUUGUCUGGGCAUUCCUGGAUCUAAUCCCCAGUCUCUGGAGGCUCUCUCCCCUUUCCUGCGAAAGAAGGCCCAAAUCCUGGAAGUGCUGCGUUCCCUGGAAGAGAUGGACCCGCUGCUUGCCUUUCCCUCCCCUUGGAGAGACCCUGGGCAGCUGAGCUCCCCAGAGGGCCUGACUGCAGAAGCCUGGCCGUGUCUACUGCUGGCUCAGGGCGAAGGGGUGCCUGGGCAGCCUCCACUGAAAAGCGAGGGCAGCUCCUCCUCCUCCUCAGAUGAGGCUGGGGAACCCGAUCCCCCCGAGAACGGACACCCAGGGCAAGGGCUGCUGAGCGCACUGGCCGAACGCAAGCUGGAACUAGGUGAGGUGGAGACGUACCUGCAGCAGGUCCUCCGGGAGGCUGGUGACGGUGCCCUGCUCAAUGGGGAGCCAGGUGGGCCCUGCCUGAUGGGCAACCCUGAAGGGCAGGCCAGGAGCUACAAGCACAUCCAGGCGGUGAGUUGCCUAGAGGCCUUGGGGCCUCCCUCCUCCUGCAGGGAGCCAGCUUACCUGAGCGUCCUGGCAUCGAGCGAAGACAGAGAUAAGUCUCGGCAAGGGCUCCCUAUCCCGUCCCCCUCCAAGGUGCUCAAGUUGCUGAAAAUGCCACCACCUCCCAGCCCUGCUGCCCUCCGCCUCAGCCCGCAGCUCACCCGCAGCUCCAAAAUCCCCUGCCGCAGCAACACGUACGAGGUGUACCACUCCCCAACACCCAGCCGCAAGGGCUCCCCCGACAGCCCUUUCCCCACCGACUCUGGUGUGGGCGGAGGACAUCCCUCCCCCAAGGCCGGCCGGCCCCUCGUCCCAGAGCCCCACCCCAUCACCCCCACCUCCCCAGACCCUUUUGGGUACCACAAGCCCCAUGAGUACGAGAACAUCCUGGAGCUGACCCUCAACACUGCCAUGGGCUCCCGCUCCCCCUCGUCCCGCGAUGCCAAACCGGACCCGCCUGAGGUGCUCCUGCCUUCCUGCCGCUUGGCUCCUCUUCGGGCAAUGCCCCCCGGGGAUCUCUCGCCGGAGCCCUGCCCUGCUGGCGGCCGAGAGAAGCUGGGCCUGGAGAGCAGGCGCUCUCCCCCCCUGUCCCGCAGGAACCCUGACGGCUCCAAGAGAGGCGGCAGUGGCUCCACCAAGCGGACACUCGAGGCAGCAGCUGGCAUGCCCUUCAAAGAGCGGCUGACAGUGCUGGGGCGGCUGAAGGGGGUGGAGGGGAAGGAGGGGCGGGCCCCCACCCGGUCGGGGGAGCGUGGGGAGAGCCUUCCUGAGUCCCACCCCAGGCUGGGCUCUGGGAGCAGCAGCCUCAAGCACCCGGAGCCCUGCCACGGGGGCGAAUUGGCCCCUCGGUGCUACUCCUCCCACUCUGUCGGCUCCCGUGGGAACGACUCCGAGCACCAGGGCUCCAAGAGUCGCUCCUUGGGAACGCCGGCCAACCGGAAUCCCUCCAAAGCCCAGCCACCCGGGAAGAGUGCCAAGAGUCCCCACGGGAGCCCAACUAAGUUACCUUCCAAGUCCCCAACCAAGCCCCCUGCCCCAGAGCCCAAGCCAUGCCCACCCUCAGCCAAGGCACCUGCCAGCAUUGGGCGCAAGAACCCCCCUGGCCCGGACCAGGCCAAGGGCAAAGUUGGGCCUCCCGCCAGCAUUGAAGAAAAGGUGAUGAAAGGCAUUGAAGAGAACGUCCUGCGAAGGCACAAAGGCGGGCCGGCCACAGGGGAGGCCAAGCAGAAGAAUUCGAGCGGUCUCGCCAGUUGGUUUGGCCUGCGCAAGAGCAAGCUGCCUGCCCUCAGCCGGAGGCCAGAGACCCCCAAAGCCAAGGAGAGCAAAGCUGCCUCGCGCAGGCUGGAGCCUGAGAGCCUGAACAUUUCCAAGCUCAUGGAGAAGGCAGAGGACCUGCGCAAAGCCCUGGAGGAGGAGAAGGCCUACAUCAACGGGCUGGCCCUGGACAAGCCUCGGCCCCACCCCUGUGCCACCGGACACAGCCAGCUCACCCUGAUGUACCAGGAGGUGACUGCAGAGAACUUCAUGCAGCAGCUGCUCAAUAGGGUGGAUGGGAAAGAGGCACCGUGUGAGACUCAUCUGGACCAGAAGAAUGAGCUUCAGGGCCUGCAGAGAGGGCUGUGUGAUACCAAAGAUCCCCGCCUUAUCCGGCCACCACUCAACGGCAUCGUUGGGCACCUCCAUGCCUGUCAGGAGGCUCCGGACAAGCUUCAUGAAGCUGCCUUGCAGGAAGAGCUGCCAUCUGACGACAACUUGGCUGAACUGGUGACCUCCCAGCACUUUGCCGUGUGUAGCUCCUUGACGCGGACCCUGGACAGUGGCAUUGGUACAUUCCCCCCUCCUGACUACUGCAGCGGGAUGCCCUGUAAGAGUGUCCCAAAACUGAGACCUCGACUGGAUCCUCCGCCAGCAGGGCCCCUCCCCACUAGAGGCCCCCCACCUGUCACCAGAGUGCCCCGCAAAGCCCGAACGCUGGAGAGGGAGGUGCCAAGCACAGAGGACCUGAUGGGGCCUAGCAAGCACCAAAGCAUGCCAGCUUUCCACGGCAUCUUAACCAGCGCAGAGCCACCCUUCAGCCAUCACGAUCGCAGAGGCUGCCUGCAAGAUCUCUGCAGCGAAGCCAGCAAUCCCCAGCAUGUCCAACAUGGCAAGAACUGGACUUUCCCGAACGCCAAAGCAUCGGCCGGCGUGGAUCCCUUUCUCUGCUCUCCAGACAGGCUGGAGGGGCUCCGUGGCUCUGCGCUGGGCUCGGCUUGCAGUGUUGUCGAGCAAAGACGGGCUUCAUCAGAAGGACCUCAGGCCUCCCCGGCCUUCAGCACCAGCAGUAGCCGAACCCCCAGUGCUUCUGACGUGGGUGAAGAGGGCAGCACAGAAGCCCGCUCCAGGGAUAUGGGUCCAGAGGGGCAGCCGGGACUGGAGAACUCUGAGUCCCUCAGUGACUCUCUUUAUGAUAGCUUGUCCUCCUGUGGCAGUCAGGGCUGAGCAUUUUGAGGAAGAAUGAGGGCAUUGACAUCCUGGGUUGACACUGCCACAUGCUCCUGCCUGGUGCUUUGAGGGCCCAGCACUUGCCCAUAGGAUCCUGCUUUAUUCUUCUAAACCAAAUCUUGGCCUGCACCAGAACACGAUGUGUCUUCCACACCAGCUCCCUGCCCACUCUUAAGCAGGGAAAUGGGACUUCUUCAGCAGGGCAUCAGAUGACUUAUCUAUUAAGAGAAGAGACAGGAAGGAAAGAAAAGGUUGGCGGGAGGGCAUGAUAGGAGGUGGUUGUGGGCAUCUUCAUCUAGUUAAAUGGCAUUUGAUCUACUUUGGGGUGUGGUCUUGCACAUUAAGUGGUAUCCCUUUGGUUAAAGCACUGCAAAGGGGGAGGGAUCUAAUUUGUCUUGCUGAUCCAUUACCCAACUUGGUGGACUUGCUGUGGAAAAAAAAUGGAAUCGAGGAUUGUUGUGGGUUCCAGGGUGCGCUAAGUAGAGAGUAUCCUCCAUAAGGGUGAUUCCCGUUCACAAAUUGCACCAGCAAAACGCUCUCUCGCCCUGAUCUCCCUUUUGCAGGCUGGAAAGGGGCGGUGCUGAUUAUUAUGCCCUCGCCAGUGGAAGAAUUUCCCAUCUUUGCAUCUAUCCGAGCUGCCCUCUUUACCUCAUCGGCAGUGCACAGUACUUGCCUUAGCAAAUUACCGAAGCCCUUCCACCUCUUCCACCUCUCGACACUUGGAAAGCAUGUGAGAUUUUGCCAAAUCCAGGAUUUCCCUCCAUUGGGGGAGUGAGGUGGGCCUUCCGUCCAUUUCUUUCAUUCAAGCAUGUGGUUGCUGGGGGUACCAAACUGAUGCCUAAGGGGUGUGGAUGGUUGGCAAGGAGACUCCCUCUUGACAAGCAUCUUAAUGUGAGUAGGUUCACUUUCCUCUCACUGUAUUUCAUAAAACAGUCCCUCCUUUUCUGCCCUUUCACCCAAAUCCAGCUGAAGGAACAAGAACCUCAGAGCUACUGUGUGUCUGGGAUGGAUACCUUGGUCUCUCACUCCUUGUCCUUUGUGUGUAACUUUUUUUUAAUUAAAAGACAUUAAGUUAUUAAUGUUGCUGUUCUGGUUUCCGUGCAGCCCAACUGCCCCCCCUCCGUUUCUAUGGGAGCUCUGUUGGUUCCCUAGAUGGUGCUAUUUUGCUGUGUACAGGCCCCCCUCUCCUGAUGAGUCUUUCUUUUCGUUGUCUUUUUUACUUUGAUAUAUUUUUAAAACAUUAAGAUGUCUUUUGCUUCUCUUUUUAUUUAUAUAAGUUAUUGUGAAAUGAGGCUGUCUAUUGUCUUGGAUCUCCUAGAAAAUAAAGGGGGUUUAAAA